GGUCUAACCCUUCUCUUUAUUUGUGCUGCACAUUUUGCCCGAUUUAUCGCUUGUACCCUUAAAAUGUACGUACAACAAAUCAAAACGGCCAUAAAAUACAAAAAUUACAGACAGGCCAUUUUCGUGCUUGCUCACGCUGCACAGAAAGAGCAAACGCUCAAACUGGUACUGGGCAUAGCACUGUACGAGAAUAGAGAGUACUACAGGGCACUGAGCGUGCUGAGUACGUUUAACACGGUCACGGGCCUGUUUUACGUGGCACUGUGCCACAAGGAAAUGAAAAAUUAUGGCGAUGCGAUCGAUGCGCUGUUGCGUAUCGUGAACAGAGAGGCGCUGAAGGAUGUGAUAGACGGAGAGUGGAACAGUUAUGUGCUCGAGGAUGGAGGUGAUGAGCAUGUGUAUGCGUUACUUGGCGAGCUGUACACGCUGAAUGAGCAGGGCGAUGAUGCUUUGGUGUACUACAAGCGGUGCACAGGGCUGUAUGUACCAUUUAUUGCGUUGUUUUACGAGCACAAACUGGAUGAGCUCGUGUGUACGGGCGAGAACGAUUUCUUUGCGCAGUUUACGGCCGAUCUCAUCGAAUUUGAGAGGACGGAGAACAUCAAAAUAGUGCAGAAGUAUUAUUCGUUGAUGCCAGGCAUCGGUACGUAUUUCGUGUCAAAUGCAGGGCGUAUUCUGUUCGAGCACGGUGAUGUUAAGCGUAGUAUGCGCUGCUUCGAGGUUGUCUUGAAGAACGAUGCCACGUACACGGCAGAUUUUGAUAGCUACUCAGCAGCACUCUGGCUGGAUAAGAACACGAAUGCUCUCUCGUGUAUGUGCCGUACAUUGCUAGACAAAUGCAAGGGCAGCUACGUAACAUGGUCAGCGCUGGGCAACUAUUUUUCACUUAAAAACGAUCACAAUCGAUCAGUGCUGUGCCUUAAAAAGAGCCUGAACAUGUACAAGACAGCGUAUGCGUACCUGCUGCUUGGCCACGAGAGCAUAAUCCGCAACGAGUACGAUCAUGCACAAAACUUUUUUUUUCAUGCGCUCAAAAUGCACCGCAACAACUACAAUGCGCUCUUCGGUAUCGGCCUUGUAUUUUCCAAAACGGACCAGAUAGAGAACGCAGACCUGUUUUUCAGAAAGGCUGUUGAUCUCAACAGCCACAACAAGAUAAUCAAGUACCUGUACGUGAAGUAUUUGGUGGAGAACAAGAAGUAUGACAGGGCGGUAGAGCUGAUCAGAAGAACGUACAGGGUUGAUGCGGGCGAUACAGCCGCACUGGUGGCGUACCUCAAGAACAAUGUGUUGCCGCGAAAGGAUGAGUACGAUGACCUGAUUAUGCUUGAAAUGGUUGAUGUGCUCAUUUAUUUGGAGAUGGUGUACGAAGCACAGCGAUUUUUAGAUGGUGUGAACGUGCGUAAUGCCAGUUUUAGGAGUAAGAAGGACAUGGUUGAUAAGCUGCUGGCGGUCAAGGAAAACAAAGGAUAUGUAAAGAAAUGAAUGCGGGGUGUGGUGUUUUAGUGGAACAGGAAUGCUGAGUGGUGGUGCUAUGGUAUGGAUAGUUGCAGUGAUUUUGUAACGUGGUGAGAAUGCGUGGUAGAGAAUUGGUACAGGGGCAUAGAUCGUUUGAGGAGCGUAUCGGUGGUAAAGGACGUGUAGUUUGGUUUGGAGGAUGAGGGGAAAGGUAAAUAAAAUAAACUUAUAGAAUGAGAUGGG